AUGGAUCCAUAUCACUACCAAAACAUGCAUGACCCACGCGACUUCCCCAUCAUCCACCCGCAGCCCUACCUCCAACACCCGGCGGCCGGCCUCAGCGACAGCAUGGUGCGCAGCGGUGGUGGCGUGCGGCGGCGCCCCGGGGCUAAGCUCUCGACGGACCCCCAGAGCGUCGCGGCGCGCGAGCGGCGGCACCGGAUCAGCGACCGCUUCCGCGUGCUCCGCAGCCUCGUGCCGGGGGGCAGCAAGAUGGACACGGUGUCCAUGCUCGAGCAGGCCAUCCACUACGUCAAGUUCCUCAAGGCGCAGGUCAGCCUGCACCAGGCCGCGCUCAUGCAGCACGGGGAGGGAUGUCAUGAGUUCGCCUCCGCUUACUCUGCCGCAGCUGGUGCUGAUGAGCUCCAAGUGCCGAUGCUGGAAGCGGUGAUCUAUGACAACGUCGUUGCCCAUCAGCUGCAGUUGCUCGAUCCAGGGCAGAUGAGUGGUGCGCACGAGCUGCCUCCUUUGCCUUCUUGCGUCUUCGUCGAAGAGCCUGCAGCCGCAUUCUACUCUGUGUGUAACCUCGAAGAGGAGACUGAUCUGCCCGGUUCUUAUUAG